UAAGAAGUUGAAUGAGUGGAAGGAGAAGAAUUUGUCUAGAGCCGAAAAGGUGGUUCUAAUUAAAUCAGAGGGAGAGAUUCUUGAACAAGGAUCACCAUGGCUAAUGGGUGAUGGUAGCUCUGUGAAGAUCUGGAAUGAUAAAUGGCUUCCUCAACAUAAUGGAUUUUGCAUUUGGUCUGCCAUGAAAGUACUUGAUGAAUAA